AUGGCGACGUUGUUUGAUGGGAUCAGCCAGCAGCUGGACUUCUCUAGCUGUGGAGAAGAGGGGAACAGCAGUGAAAACAGCUCCGAUGACUGCGCCCCAAGGAUCCGAAGUCCCAGGAUCCGAAGUCCCAGGAUCCGAAGUCCCAGGAUCCGAAGUCCCAGGAUCCAAAGUCCCAGGAUCCAAAGUCCCAGCUCUGCAUGCAGAACACCCAGGGUCCAACACCAGAGCAGCAGAAGCAACAUCAUAUCUUCCCCUUUACAGUGCACCAGCCCCAUACCUUAUGCUGUCUGGAGUAAACUGAGGCUCUGUGACUCCCCCAGCACGCCCAAGAGUCUGCUCUCAAAGUCCUCUCACCCUUGCUCCACCUCUAAGAUAAAUCACAAUCGGAGGACCCUGCGUCUCACCUCAGCUGCUGCAAACCUCAUCCAGGCACCUUCUGUCAACGUGAAUCCUUUCACCCCUGACACUGUACGCAGGAACAGUGAGGAGCAGUGGAGGAAUAGCUGUAGGAGUGAUGAGGAUGAUGACUAUGGACGCAGGUUGAAACACAGCCUAACGUCAUCCGAGGAGGAUGACGAGGCCUUUCUCCCACCAAAGAGGCGAGCUGUCCAAGCUUUCAUGCUGUCACGCUACGAGAGUGAGUUCCUGGAGCUGGAGUGCAUUGGCGUGGGCGAGUUCGGGGCAGUUUAUAAGUGUGUGAAGAGGCUGGAUGGCUGCUUAUAUGCCAUAAAACGCUCUCGCCGACCCCUCGCAGGCUCUGCCAAUGAGCAGUUGGCCCUAAAGGAAGUGUAUGCACAUGCUGUUCUUGGGCACCACCCACAUGUUGUUCGCUAUUAUUCAGCAUGGGCAGAGGACGAUCACAUGAUUAUUCAGAAUGAAUACUGUGAUGGUGGAAGUCUCAGUGAUGCCAUUGUGACGAAGCAGCUGCAGUGUGAGCUGUUUUCAGGGGCAGAAUUGAAAGAUCUCCUCUUACAAGUGUCAAUGGGUCUAAAAUACAUCCACAGCUCAGGCCUAGUGCACUUGGACAUCAAACCAAGUAAUAUAUUCAUUUGCCAGCGACUCAGCACAACUGCAGCGGUUGAGGGUGAGAGUGAGGAGGAAGAUGAUGGAAGCACUUCAGCAGGAGUCGUUUAUAAAAUUGGGGAUCUGGGUCACGUGACAUCAACCAGCAGCCCACAAGUUGAGGAAGGGGAUAGCCGCUUUUUGGCCAGUGAGGUUCUGCAUGAGGAUUACAGCCACCUCCCCAAGGCAGACAUCUUUGCUCUGGGUCUUACGGUGCUGCUGGCAGCUGGGGCUCCUCCUCUGCCUCAAAAUGGAGAGGAGUGGCACAGCCUUAGAGAGGGGAAGCUCCCCAAGCUGCCACAGGAGCUCUCUCCUCCCUUGAGAGACCUACUCCAGUUGUUGCUGGAUCCAGACCCGCUGAAACGUCCAUCUGCCAGGGAGCUGUGCAAGCACACAGUCUUAAGGGAGGAGAGGACUGGGAGGCUAGCUGCUCAGCUACGCAGAGAGCUCAAUGUAGAGAAGUUCAGGACAGCCAUGCUUGAAAAAGAGCUCCAGGAAGCUCGUCAGGCAGCAUUAUCACCCAAGCAGAACCUCUCUCUUGGGCUGAAACCUCCUGCCAAGAUGGGCUCUCUACCCAGAACAGGGAGGAGGCUUGUUGGUAGGAAGACGGCACGAUCCAUGAGCUUUGGUUGUCCCGGAUAUGGAGUGUGAUGGGUCAAUGUGGGACCUGUAUGCGGUCCUUGACACUGCAUAAUGUGACUCCUGAAGCAAGCUUGUGGUAAAAAUGCAAGUGACAAGGUUUUCUACACAGGGACUGGAAGUUGAAAUGACUGGACGGACAAUCUUGUAUGUGCCUUCUGAGAGGACAGAUGUAACUGAAAGACUGUGGAGUCCUUGACACCAUUGGUUUGAAAGGAUUAAUCUGGUUUCAAUGCAUGUCACAACAUCUUGUAACUGCUGUAGA